AUGUCGCUCCUACGGACGCAGAGCUCAAUACGGCUCUCACGGACAUAUACCCAAGUCCCAAGGUUGACGAGAUGCCUAUCGCAGACUCCACAGCGACGGCUGGGCGAGCCCGACCCUCGAGCUGUCCCGGACGUCCAAGCUAUGCACAUGACCGAAGAUCAAGCCUCGAUGGUCGAAAUCGACCAUAGCCCUGAGCCCGCUGUCGAGAAAUACCAUCCCGAUCACCAGCCCGACUACACAGCGAUGGUCGAUCACGGAACCUCGACAUACUCUCCAGUGCCGAAGAGGGUUAUGAACGGCAGUGAACCCGGACAUGUGACUCCCGCAGCAGUCUUGUCUGGUGCUCCUGUGGAUCUACAAGCUCGCACAGUCAGAAUCUAUAAACCCGUCAAACCCGCAACCCAGUCCGGCACCUGGGGCUCCCACGCCUGGCGGAUGGACUGGGACGUUCUUGGAAAAGGCCACCGCUGGGAAAACCCGCUGAUGGGCUGGCAGUCAUCGGCCGACUUCAUGCAAGGCACAAAAAUGAACUUCAAGACGAAAGAGGACGCGAUCGCGUUUGCGGAGAAACAAGGCUAUGAGUGGUACUUGCAGGAACCGCAAGAGAGGAGAUUUGUGCCAAAAGCGUAUGCAAAUAACUUCUUGCACGAAUCCGGACCGAGGUUGAAGCAUAUCAAGACGAAAUAA